CGAUCGAUCAAAGGAGGAUUAGCUAUGACGUACGUUGCAAAUUGGGUAUCAGUUCUUGACUUUACGCCUUCCCAAAACAAUGUGUGAUUCGUCCUGCUACGCCUACGCGUUUUGCAUUGCAUGCUGCUGUCGUCGUCGUCGUUGCUUCUCAAUUCCAUCAGCACCUAGCACGCAUGCAUGUCCAUGUCCAUUCCUUCACGCCUUGCACAAUCUCCAUUGAUCACCAAUUCACCGGAGCAAAUUAAUUGAGCUAUCUAGCUAGCUGCCUGUCCAAGAACAAUCCAGUGAUCGAUCGAUCAUGGCGUCUCCCGCAGUCGUCAGGCAGAGGCCAACGGUAGGUAAGCAAGCUGGAGAAGGAGAGAGCGCUGCUGCUGCCGGCGACGGCGGUGGUGGUCGUCCGCCGGCAGCAAGGCGGCCGUCGCUGUUGUCGCAGGCGCUGGCGUCGACGGCGAGCCUGGCGAACCUGCUCCCGACGGGGACGGUGAUGGCGUUCCAGCUGCUGGCGCCCACCUUCACCAACAACGGCGCCUGCGACGCCACCACCUCGCUCCUCACCGCCGCCCUCCUCGCCCUGCUCGCGCUCUCCUGCGUCCUCGCCUCCUUCACCGACUCCGUCAGGGGCCCCGACGGCCGCGUCUACUACGGCCUCGCCACGCCACGGGGGCUCUGGCUGCUCGACUACCCUCCCGCCGGCGCCGGCGCGCCGCCGCAGCCGGACACGUCGAGGUACCGGAUGAGGGCCAUCGACGGCGUACACGCGUUGCUGUCGGUGGGCGUGUUCGGGGUGGUGGCGGCGAGGGACAAGAACGUGGUGGGGUGCUUCUGGCCGUCGCCGGCGAAGGGGACGGAGGAGGUGCUGGGCAUCGUGCCGCUGGGCGUCGGCGUCAUGUGCAGCCUCCUCUUCGUCGUCUUCCCCACCACUCGCCAUGGCAUCGGCUACCCCGUCACCAACAACACUACUUCUUCUUCUUAGUUACUUGCAUCGAUCAAAGUAUAUAUUACUCCUAUUUAGUAGUAAUUACUUUACUCGAUUUGAUCCAUUAUUAAUUACGGCUCAAUUUUCCUUGUUUCAAUUAAUUGUGGAUUAAGUAAAUUUCAUUAAGUAUACUACAGUUGUGUUGAUUAAUCUUUGACUGCAA